GUCAGAAUUGUGAGUUAUAAACUCGGAAUUGGGAGGAAAAAAGAAUUGUGAGUUAUAAACUUGGAAUUGUGAGGAAAUGGAAGAUCCAUUUGGGUUUUUGUCUAGGGAAUCAGGGUGAUCUGAACUUCCAAAAAUGUCAUCACUGCAGCGCUUUAUUAUGCUACAUGUUUAUCCAGAAAAUGUAAAAAGUGUUUUUUGGUUUUUUUUAUCAAGUUUGAGUGAACAUAGAUGUGGCUUGUGUCCCUCUUUCUAUGUGAAUCUGUGGGUUUUUUCAACCUAUUUUCUGCUCCAGCAGGUGAACCGGUGCCUGAUCACUUCAGCAGCUCUCUCUCCUCUAUACAUGAUUUGUGUGCCGUGUGUCAUGCUGAAGAUCGUGUUGGUCUUUUCUUGUGUGCUGUAAAGGCGUGGAGGGGUGGAGCAGAUGAACGAGGGAUUUGAAAGAACGAGUGGAUGGGAGCAGAUGUAUGGAGCAUGUUUUCUUUCUGUUUCCCACAAUCGCUUUCAGACCUCCGGCUGUGAGUGUCUGUGUCUCAGAACAUAGUGAGCUGCCUACCUAGUAUGCAUACUUGGAGGGUUUAGUUUGCAAGAUUGAAUUUUCAAGAAUCCACUGGGGGGUAAAACUUGAGCUUGUCUUUGGAAAUCAUUGCAAAUAACUCUAAAUGAGCAACAUUUCUAGAAUUUCAAAUCAGCAGCAUUUCUAGGAAUCUGAAGUUUCUCAAAAGUGCUGCCUAUAAAGCAGCUGACAGGGAUAUGCGACACAGCCUGUGGGAUCUGGAGAUGUUCUGUAUGCUUUGUUUUUCUUUAUACAUUUCCACACUUGAAAACUAUCCACUAAUAAACUAGAAAAAAGUAUAUUCUUUAUCAUAUUACAUAAAAACACAUUAAAACAGUUGCACUGAAACUGCUAUUGCAUGAACGUCCGGCGGCUGUCAAUCACAGAUGAUUGACAGGUUGAGCCCUUCAGCCGCAGCUUUAAUCCCUGCGAGGGGCCGCAGAUUAAACCCUUAUGAAUAAAACACACAUACACUUUACCACCCACAGAUUUGGGCGGAAACCAACACUCAACUUUUGUUCUCCGCGGGUCAUAUAACGGCGCAAGAGUAUCGGACAGUUCAAUCUCGCGUGCUGAAAUGGCCGGAAUCUCGCAGCACAGGUCUAAGAUCUCUAAACCGCUGAUGGAGCGACGGAGGCGAGCGCGCAUCAACGCGUGCAUCGGAGAGCUGCGCGCGCUGCUGAUUCAAGCCCGCGCAACCACGAGCUGUCAAUCAUCUAAACUGGAAAAGGCGGAAAUUCUCGAGUUCACCGUACGACACCUGCGCGCGCUGCACUGCCCUUCAACAGAUGGGUGGAGUCGGUUCUGUGCAGGAUACGCGGCAUGUGUGAGGGAGAUCGCGCGCUUCUUCAGAACCACAGACGCGGACCGAUGCCCGAGCGCGGGAAACCAGGACCGACCUGACACGUCACAGAACCCAAAUCCACUCACACUCACGAACGUCUGGAGACCCUGGAGCUAAAACUGCCAAUCCCUCUGUAUUAAUAUAAAGCGUUUUAGUCUUGUUUGUUAAAAUGGAAGCCCAAUUUCCGCCACAUAAAAAAUAAUGCUUUUGUAAUGACAUAAGAAAUUGACAUAAAAGUCAAAAAGCCAAAAUUUAAUAUGCAUAUUUUUUUUUCUUACGUGCCGGAAAUUGUAUAUUAUAGUCUAUUUGUUGAGCACUUUAAUUAUAAUAAUUCGUGUAAAUAAAAUGAAUUCAACUUACUUUCUGUGUGCCUAAUGUGGUAUGAAAGAGCAAAACCAUUGAGCAUUUAAAAAUUGCGAGAGAAUCACUUUAGUAAACAUUAAUAAUGACAGAAUGACAUCAUUCUUAAAACAAAUUAUCGCCAAUGAACUGAUGAAACGGUGAAAAAUGUUCACUUCGCGCGUGCGCAGUAAAGUCGCCCCUUUGUCUGAAAAAAAAAGAAACGCGGGAGUAAUUCGCCUCACGAGAAAUGCUCAAAUUUGAGGUAAUUAUUUUUCUUCUGCUAUCUAAAAGUUCGAUACUUUUGUAUUUAAGCAUCCAUUUUAAACUAGGUGUCUGCUUAAAAUGUUUUUGUGUCAUGCUAACGCGACCGGUAUAUUUUAUCUUGAUCGAAUUCAAUUGCGUGAAUUACUUUUUCAAUCUGUUAAAAUGUUAGAGCUAGAAGUUCACUCAAAAAUGAACAUUCUGUCAUUUACUCACCCCCGUGUCUUUCCAAACACGACUUUCUUUCGUCGGUUGAACAGAAGAUUUUUUGUUGUUGUUGAGAAAUGUAUGUGUUUUGUCUACCAAUGGA